AUGUCGACCGAUACGAUGUAUCUCAACAGCUCAAGGAGAUUGCCUGCAGCCGGCAGAAACAAAACAAGUCAGCUCCAGAAACCGGAGAAAAAAACGACGAAAAACCACCGCAAAAACAAGACUCGCCAGGAGGGCAACGUGGUAGAAGACAGCGUGCCCCUUUCUCAACCACAAGCACUGCCAAAUGGGGAGAAGCCUAAUUUUGGCGGUUCCACCAAGAAAGAACGCAAGUCAAACAAUAAACGUCCAGACAACUCAGGGGCCAGCAGUUCACACGACAAAGCGGCAAAAAGUACAAGCUCAACAACGGCACACGCUCUGGAGCUUACAUCUACUCAAGCUGGACGGAAAACUGCCGAACUUCUAGCACAGAAUCUUAAAGAUGUCGUACUCGUCGAAAAUGAUAAAGGUGGGUUAACGAGUAUUCCACGUGUGGACCAGCGUACGAAUCGUCAAAUGACACCUCAAGCGCUACCUAGCGCAUCACCAACGCAAUCUCCUUUACCGUUACCAAUAAAGGAGCAUAGUACGCCAAUUCAUUGUCCUUUGCCACUCCUACAGCCAGGACCUCACCUCAAUCAAAACCAACAUCAACCACAGUUUCAGCAGAUUCUUCCAAAUCAGCAUUUCCCCCCACAUUACCAGAACCAGUCUUUACAGCAGUCAACAAUGAACCAUCAGAUGUAUGCGUAUCAGAAUCAACAGAUGUAUUCGCAUCAGAACCGCCUCCCUCCAAUAGCUCCUCUGGGCAUGCAACAUCUAGGCUCUAACUACUCUAUCUCUUCAGGUGCGCCGCCAUACUUCAAUUCCAUGCAUCAUGCACCUUUCAUGAACGCAAAUGCACCACAAACGGCUGGUUUUUACGGAAUUCCACCGCCGGCGCCCCCUCCCAUGGGCGCAUUACCUGGACAAUACCCUCAAAUGCAUUCAAUGUUCAACUCAGCUUCCCAACCACUGAGAAGUGUAGCGGCUCAUCCAUCUUCCGAUUCAACGGGUAGUGAAAUAUCUGGGCCUGUCACUCUUUCUUCCAAAGAGCCCAGGGUAUCGAGUUCUAGCUCAGUGUCGAGUGGAACUGCUGACAUUGGUAUGGGGUCUACUUCUGAAAAGAAGCACUCCAAGAAAUCUCAAGCGGGCGCAAAACUUGUGCGGGGCGGUUACGCUGGUGCUUCGUUUGCUACAAAUGUGCCAGCUGUAACAAACCUCCCCAAACCAAGCUUUACAUGA